GAGUUCUCCAGCCCCAGACACACCGUCAGAGCGAGAUGGAGCGCGGUCUAGGAUGACGUCACCAGCGCGAGACUAUGAAAUGUUUGAAGAUGAGAGUGCUAUCCUCGGAGACAACCCUGAGGAGGAGGAAGAUGAUGGAGAAGAACUCUUCAAUGAUAAUAUGGAGGCUGACUAUCGUCCAAUGCCAGCGUUAGAUCGAUAUGAUGCAGAGGACUUGGAUGAAGAUGACUAUGACCCCAUGUCAAUACAAGACCGAGUGGCUGCUGAGCAGGAGUUGAGACGGAGGGACAGAGAAGAGGGCCGCAAUAGAAGAGAUGAUCGCGAUCUGUUGUACGAUGAAUCAGAUGAAGAAAGCACGGGUGCUCCGCGGGCGAAGCGCCGCCGUGCUGCAGAGAAAGCUGCCAUGGGUACUGAUGAACAAGUGGAGGAGGGAAUCGAAAGUAUUGAAAACUUGGAAGACACUAAAGGGUAUACCACCAAGGAGUGGGUCUCUAUGCUAGGACCCAGGACUGAGAUUGCUAACAGGUUCAAGAACUUCCUCCGCACAUACACAAACAGUAAGGGCCAGUUUGUGUACAAGGAGCGCAUCCGUCGCAUGUGCGAGCACAACCAGGCGUCCUUCCAUGUGGAGUUUGAUGUACUGGCUCGGAGAGAACAGGUCCUGGCGUACUUCUUGCCUGAAGCUCCUUUCCAGAUGUUGCAGAUUUUUGAUGAGGUAGCAAAAGACAUAGUCCUACAAAUAUUCCCAAGCUACGAGCGAGUCACCUCAGAGAUCCACGUACGCAUAUCAGACCUCCCACUCAUAGAAGAGCUAAGAACAUUCCGGAAACUUCAUUUGAACCAACUUGUGAGAACAGUGGGAGUAAUCACAGCCACUACUGGAGUCCUACCUCAGUUGUCCGUAGUCAAAUAUGAUUGUAAUAGGUGUGGGUAUAUUCUGGGCCCAUUUGUUCAGACUCAGAAUUCCGAAGUCAGACCCGGAUCUUGUCCGGAAUGUCAGAGCGCUGGACCUUUUAUGGUAAACAUGGAACAAACCGUAUACCGUAACUACCAGAAGGUCACAAUCCAAGAGUCUCCCGGCCGCAUCCCCGCCGGUCGUAUCCCAAGAAGCAAGGACUGUAUACUGUUGGCUGAUCUCUGUGAUAGGUGCAAGCCGGGAGAUGAAGUCGACCUCACUGGGAUCUAUACUAAUAAUUAUGAUGGGUCGCUUAAUACUGAACAGGGUUUCCCAGUAUUCGCAACAGUAAUAAUAGCGAACUACAUAGUAGUAAAAGACUGCAAGCAUAUCGUGGAGUCCUUAACUGAUGAAGACGUGGCCACUAUUGUCAAGUUGUCCAAGGAUCCACGCAUUGGAGAGAGGAUAGUACAAAGCAUUGCUCCUUCUAUAUUCGGACACGAUUAUAUUAAACGAGGACUUGCUUUAGCACUGUUUGGUGGGGAGCCGAAGAAUCCAGGUGACAAGCAUAAAGUGAGAGGUGACAUCAAUGUUCUUAUAUGUGGUGACCCCGGUACUGCUAAAUCACAAUUCUUAAAGUACACCGAAAAGAUCGCGCCCAGAGCAAUCUUCACAACAGGUCAGGGUGCCAGUGCAGUCGGUCUAACCGCUUAUGUCAGGAAAAAUCCCACUACCAGAGAUUGGACCUUAGAAGCCGGUGCGUUAGUACUAGCAGAUCGUGGAGUGUGCCUUAUCGAUGAAUUCGAUAAAAUGAACGACGCAGACCGCACCUCUAUACACGAGGCUAUGGAACAACAGUCUAUUUCCAUCUCCAAAGCCGGUAUCGUGACGUCACUACACGCUAGAUGUUCAAUAAUAGCGGCCUCCAAUCCUAUAGGCGGUCGUUACGAUGCAUCGCUAACGUUCUCUGAGAACGUGAACCUGUCUGAGCCAAUCCUGUCACGUUUCGACGUGCUUUGUGUUGUAAGGGACGAGGCAGACCCUAUGCAAGAUGCUCAUCUCGCGAAAUUCGUCGUAUCGUCUCACAUCCGCCACCACCCGACCCAGCGCGGCGCCACUCUAGAGGACAGUAACGCGCCAGACCCUGAUUUUGUACUGCAACAGGAUCUACUCAAGAAGUAUAUUGUCUAUGCCAGGGAGAAUGUUCAUCCUAAGCUACAGAACAUGGACCAGGACAAAGUAGCGAAAAUGUACAGUCAGCUCCGACAGGAGUCUCUGGCUACAGGCAGCUUGCCGAUCACAGUCCGUCAUAUUGAAUCUGUGAUCCGUAUGAGCGAGGCUCACGCCCGAAUGCACCUGCGUCCGCAAGUAUCGGAGGAGGACGUCAACAUGGCCAUUCGUACAAUGCUGGAGAGCUUCGUCGAGACACAGAAAUACAGCGUCAUGAGGGCUAUGAGACAGACAUUCCAAAAAUACCUAUCAUACAAGAAGGACCACAGCGAGCUCCUCUACUACAUACUACGCCAACUAACAAUGGACCAGCUAGCCUACAUGAGAGGAUUACACAAUCAUUCCCAGUCCACUAUUGAAAUUUCGGAGAGAGAUCUUCUAGAAAGAGCCAGGCAGAUCAACAUCAGUGAUUUGAAACCCUUCUAUGACAGCAGGAUCUUCAAAAUGAACAGUUUUACUUACGAUGCUAAGAGGAAGGUUAUUGUUCACAUCUUACCUGAUACACCGUCUAGUGCCGCUUCGUAG